UUCUCCGGGAUCUAGGUCUAGGGUUUGAGCCGCCGGGUAGGGUUUUUGCGCUUGGCGGAUCGAUCGAUCGAGCGCGAUGGCGUCUCCCGACUUGAUCUGGCUGCUCGUCAAGAACAGCAACAAGUUCUUGGUGAAGCGGAAUGGCAACAGCAGCGCCUCGGUGCAAUUCAGCAGCGAGCCCAACAAUCUCUACAAUCUCAACACCUACAAGUACUCAGGCUUGGCUAACAAGAAGACCGUCGCUGUGGCCCCGGCUGGAGAGAAAAUGGACAUCGUUCUCACCACCACCAAGAAGAAGAAGAGCAACAAGCCCGCAUCCUACUUGAACCGCUCGCUGCUCAAGUCCAACUUCAAGAACAAGGCCAAAGUCAUCAUCAAUCAGGUGGGAGACAAUGGCUACAGGCCCGAUCUGAAAAGAGCUGCGCUCGCGAGGCUGACCUCUGUCCACAAGAGCUUGUGCCGUGCGGAGAAGAAGAAAAAGCCAGCUGCUUAAAGCUCGAAAGUUUCUCGAGAAAACUCCCCAUUAGAAGAAGAUCCUCUUUUUGUAUUGGCAUAUUCUAAAGCAUCGGCGUCGGUAUA